AGGCAACUAUUAUAAUUGUAUAUCACUAUUAUAUAUAGUUUAGUCUUCUAGGUAAAGUUCACAGGUAAGGCAAGAAAAGAUCAAUAAUCUACCAUCCAAUGAACAAAGCCACAAACUGUUACCAUUAUGUAUUAGAAUAUUUGUAAUUUAUCAGGCUGAAAAAUGGCAGCUUUUUCUCUGAAUAUUCAGAAACAUGUAGAACCAGGUCUUGUAACUUCAGGUAAAUUUGAUGGUUCUCAUGCUUGUCUAGCGGCUGCAACAUAUGGUGGAAAUAUUUUGGUGCACAGUCCUCAUAGACAACCACAAAUAACCGAUCAUGACCACGAACAGUCCGAUAGAAAAUUAUUUUGGAGCGGAGAGCUCGCUGAACUUAAAAUAGGAAGUGAGAUUAUUGCAUUAUGCACUGGUCGACUUAACGAAGAUGAGAGAGAUAUCCUUCUAAUUGGAACUGCAUCUCAUGUUCUGGCUUAUCAUAUAGAAGACAACUCUGAUAUUUUUUAUAAAGAGAUGUCUGAUGGUGCAAGAUGCAUACUUAUUGGCAAAUUGAGUUGGCUUCCAAAUCAAGUUGCAAUCGUCGGCGGUAAUUGUUCUGUAACAAUUUUAGAUUCGCAAGGCGUAGAAAUAUUUUGGACAGUAGUAGGAGGAAUUGUUAGUUCAUUAGCCGUUUUUGAUUUCGAUGGAGAUGAAGAAAAUGAGUUGAUCGUUGGAACGAAAGAUUUUGAAAUAAAAGUAUACAAGAAAGAUAAUCUGCUCUGGGAUGCUAAAGAAACAGCUUCCAUUACCACUUUAAUUGGUCUACCUCAUAGAAGAUUUGUUUAUUCAGUAGGAAAUGGAACCCUUGGUGUCUAUGAAAUGGCUCAAAGAUUAUGGCGUGUCAAGUCAAAGCACAGAGUAGUAAUUACAAGAAGCUUUGAUUUGAACGGAGACGGUUUACUAGAAGUCAUAACUGGUUGGAAUAAUGGAAAAGUAGACGCGAGAUUAUCCAAUAAUGGAGAAGUAAUUUUUAAAAUUCAAUUAUCCGCUGGAAUAGCUGGAAUUGUUGAAGCUGAUUACAGAAGAAUUGGCAAAUCCGAUUUAGUCAUAGUAUCUUCUACUGGAGAAGUGCGUGGUUAUAGUUCUGGCUCCACAAUGGAUACACCAGAACCAGGUGAAGCUAUGCGUGAUUUGUUGGCCAAGAAACAAAUACUUCAAAUGGAAAUUAGGCAGAGAACUGCAUCAGUUCCGAAUAUGUAUCAUGGAACAAAAUUAGCUGUUAGCUUGAUGAGUGCUGAAGGUGCGGCUCGUGUUGCCCUUGCUUCAGGACCUGGACUUUUUAUACAUUGUGCAAUAGUUUUCACUGAAGGAGUGUUCGAAGGCGAAACUUUGGUGGUCCAUCCCAGUAGACCUAAAGGAGAACUUGAAAUAGAGCUUCGUCCUCCUAAGAAUAAUCCUGUGGAUCUCCAUGUGAAAGUAUGCGUUGGUCCAGCUGGUGCAGAUCUACUACAGGUAUUCGAAAUGACACGUCAAUUGCCUAGAUUUUGCAUGUACCAGAUCAUUGAGAAACCUCAACAAAUUCCAGAGGAUUUUACGAAAAAUAGUGUUACAGCUGAGCUCGCAGAAAGACCUCAAAGAAUCGCCCUCUGGUUGAACCAAAGUCUCAUCCUCCCUGAAGAAUUCGAAAUUAAAGAGGAUAAGCCAAACAAUGGAAACAUGGAGAUAUGGCUUCGAGGAAUGAGAGAUAACAAAAUUCAUUGUUUCAUGGUAGACGCAACUGGGAAAUUAACUAUCCAAACGGAGGAUUCUACAUUUGCUGGCGACAUUAUUCAAUCUUUAGCUCUAUACUUGGGUCUCAGAGAACUUUCUUCCGAGGUCUCAUUUCCGGUUGAAGAGAAAAAAUUAUUGGACGCUCUGGAACGUGUCAAAGAACUAAAGGAAAUUGAUGCUAAACUGCAAGCAGAGACUGCCAAUGAGACUACUUUAUUGAAGAAUAUUAUAAUUCGUCUGGAGGAUGCGAGAAUUCUCGAGAAUAUCGAUGAAAUGAGAAAGAGACUUGUACAAUUGAAAAAUGUUAACGCUGAUCUAAUCAGGGAAUAUGAAAUCAGGAUGAAGAGCUAUCGCGAAUUUACAGCGAAUUUAAAGGAGCUUAAUCUUGGAGUUCAACGUGCAGCUAGAUUAAGAGUCGGAAAAAGUGCCUCGAAUACCGUAGCCAAUUGCAGAGCUGCGAUCCAGGAUGAAAAUUCGAAAGCUCUUGUGAUUGCAAUAAGACAUGGAUGAAUUUUAACAUUGUACCUUAUAAUAUUCACAUCAAUGAACAUUAUUUUAUACAAAUUUUAUUUUUUUUCAUGUUUAUUAUACACAUUCAAGAAAUAACAAUAAUAAGAUCAUUCAUAAGAGAAAGUAUUGUAGAAGAUAUUGUAAAUUUUAUUAACUAUUUACAUUUAGAUCAAAAUUUAAAAAAGAUUGUUCAUUCAAAGACCUAUAUUUUUAAAAGGAGAUGCAAAUUGACGAAUCUUAUUGACUUACAAUCAAAUUUAAACAAUUUCAAAAAAUAUAUCUCAAGGUAUAAUACAAGGGAAAUUGACAAUCAACAAUCAACAAUUUCUAAAACACGAAGAAUUAGAACACAAACUUCCCAUCGAGGUACAUAAAUUGAGCUCUGAGGUCUCUUUUAGUCAAUGAAGCGUUCCUCGAACUGAUAUACUGAAUCUUCUUUUGAGAGGUAUAGGCGAUGGACGUCGAAGAGCGUCCAAUGUUCCAUCGGUGGAAGCUCUUACCCUGAAGGAAUUCGUUUGUUGGCCAGAAUUACCGGGCAAUUCCGUCAACAGUUUAAAGAUGUCUGUGAAGACGGCCAUGACCUGUCGAAUAAAAAUAAUCGGGCCAGUCUGUUGCUAUCGUUACAUAACCCCGUCGAGAUUAUCUUAUUAAGCAGCUAUCACAAUUAUACUUUACAUAUUUUUCUCUCAUAAUCUACUUUAAAAACCGUUCGCAUUAUCACUCGCCAUUUUUUCAUUCGUACCCCGUGCCGUGGUUCGUGACACGUGUAGGAUCAUCGAUCUCGUUUUCUCGUUUUUCCUUUCUGUACUAGAUUUCUUCUUAGCAAUAUAACAAACUACAGUGUAUAACGAUUUAAAGAAAAUUCAAAUUGAAAGAUACAUAUACAUAGUUACGAUUCUAAAUUAAUCUCCAUAUAAAAAUUUAAUUUUACAUUGAAUUCAUUUUUCGUUUAUUCCUAAAAAUUAUUUCUAUUAAUUUAUUAUCGUUUAUUUAUAAAUUUUAUCUUUUAACAAAUUUUCCAUUUUCUAUGACUUUUAUUACACUUCUCUAAACAAAUCAAUAGAAACAGAUAAAUUUCUAAAAUAUACACAGGAGAGCUUAAUACUUAAUUAAUAAUCUCCAAACUUCAUCUAUAUCUUCUCAAAAUAAGAAAAGAAAAAAAAAGAAGUGCAAAGUGUGAAGAAAUGUGAACAAAUCCUAAUCUCCAGAGGCCGUAAAUAGUUGUGGUCCCACGAUUAAGUCCAAGCUUAGGGGUAAUUAAUUGUGAAACAAAUUUUUAAUUACGGCACAUUUACGAUACCGAUAACACGAUCGAAGAUGCUCCGGCGGUAUCUCUCUUGCGUUCCGUUCGUUCCACGAUACAGAUUUUGUUUACCACUGCUUGAUCACGCGUAAACGCCAUGACCGGUUUCCCAGAGGAGUAAACAAUCGUUUUAGAAAAAUAACGAAGAUUAGGUACGGUCGCGAGACAAAGCUUGAAACGAUCGAUCCGCCAAAACUCUGACCGCUCCUCCUCUUUCAUACGCCAUCCAAAUAGGCGAGCAAUGGCAGAAGAAGAGGGGCAUCUUCAGCCAGCUGAGAGAUUUCCAAUCGGGCGGACUUUUUUUCGCGAUCGAUGACGUAUAUUCGCAUACAUACGUCAACGAUUCUCAAUGUCUCUUCAUAUCGAGACCCCACGAAUAAUUCAGCUCGUUUCGGAGAUAGUGAAAACGUUUGGAUCUGCUUGUCUGCCAGAAGCUUUCGAUGACGUGGUGUUGCGUCUAGUUGUGGUGAAUUUUAAAAAAUGUUACGAGGAUGUGUUUUCGUUCUGCAUUGUCAUCAUUUGGGAUGAUAUUGUAAAAAUAUUUGAAUUUUAAGAGAAUAAUUAAUUUCAAGAGAAUGCAAUUUUGUUUGUCUUGGCAAGUCUUUUGUAUCUGAUUUUGACAAAUUUUAGUACAUAUAGAGGAAAUGCAUAUCGUUGUUAUUGCAAAAGUAUUUAAUUUUGAUAAAAUUUAAAGCUUGCAAUCGUCAGUUUUCGUGAUGAUCGAUGACGUGAUCUGUUUGUCACUGGUAAAUUUUUAGAAAGUCGAGGAAGUGUAUUCAUUAUCAAUUGUUAUCUGAGAGAGAUAGGAUGUUUUAAAUAAAGUAUUCGAUGAUUUUGAGAAUGUUUGAUUUUAAAGGCUUGCAAGAUAGAAGGAAAUGGGUUACGAAAUGGAUUUGGCAAUCGAUCUUUUAUGCAAUAAAUCUGUUGCAAUUGUUACCUUAUGCUAUAGCCGUUAGAUGAUAAUUUACACGUCGGAUAGCCUGUGUCUUAGCCCUUGCCACUUAAGGUUAAAUGUACGAUGUCAGUGUGAGCGUUACGUCAAAAGCUUGUUGUUUUAUCGUGUCAACGACUGUUGAUUUUUCCAAAGUGAACGACCUAAUGCUAUGUCAUCACGAAUAUUAUGACUAUGACUCGAAAAUAGCAUUAUAUCACAUUCUGUUAUUAAAUGUUUUAUCU